AAUGUGGAGGACACCUCCGGGCUGAGGUGCGAACCAAGCACCUGUACUCACACGCACAGUACGGAGACAGUAACUACCCAGGACAGUCAGACUGUGACUGGGUGAUAGUGGCUGAAGAUGGUUAUGGGGUGGAACUGAUCUUCCAGACAUUUGAAAUUGAGGAAGAGAUAGACUGCGGAUACGAUUACUUGGAGCUGUACGACGGUCACGAGAGUGUUGCACCCAGACUCGGCAGAUUCUGUGGAUCAGGGCCCCCGGAGGAGAUCUAUUCCGCAGGGGACUCGAUAAUGAUUCGCUUCCACACUGAUGAUACCAUCAAUAAGAAAGGUUUUCAUGCUCGGUACACCAGCACGAAAUUUCAAGAUGAAUUACACACGAGGAAAUGACCAAAUAGGAGCCUUCAUGAAGGACUGCAUUGAGAACGCUGCGGCUUGCUACCAUUGUACCUUUGACACAGAAGAGUUGGAACUGAAAUCCACAGUUGGUCUUGGUUGAAAUUGUCAGUGAUUCCUGACCAGAAACAAACCCUCUCUGUAUUCCAAACAACUUCCUCAAUGUUAUAUGCCCGCAUUGUUUCCGAAAACAAUUUCUUUAUCCAAUCGCUGUAGCCCAAAAGACACAGAAGUAAAACACUGUGACUCCCUUA